GCCCGCCCGGGUGUGUGUGCUGCUGACUGCGGGCGCGGCGACAUCAUGCCGUUGGAGCGCUAGACACGCCGUUUUAAAGGGCUAGCCUCACUGUGCUGUGCCGUUCUCUCUCUCUCCCUCCCUGCCCUCUGUUUGCUGCUGAUUCAUCACGAUUAGGUGGUUAGCCAGCCUGCCAGCCAUAGGCUACACGCACAAGCCAUGCCAGCCAGACUGAGUGGGGGCUUUCAUAGCUAAAGUAGACAAAGAAAGGGCUUGCUUGUCAUACGUAGGCUAGGCUAUAGCAUCGCACUACAGUGCAGAGAGAACAACAUGUGUGGCGGUUGGGAAUAUUUUUGAUAACUUCAUUGCGAGAUAGAUUGAUCAUAUCGAGAGUUACGGGGGGACUGGGAAUCCCCCCCCCCGGUUUUCAGAAAUCAGACAUCGUAAAUCGGUUUACAUAGAGUAGCCUAGAUAGAUAAGGAAGAGGAAGAUAUAUCGUGUAUUCGAGGUGUGUAGCCGAGUUGGAACUGUCUAGAAAACGUGAUUGUAGGUUAGGUGGCUGGAGAGAUUCACAGCAGAAGAACUGUCCGAGUGUUCGAGUGCUGAAACGGAAGCAACCGGAGCGGAGCGGAAAACUAGCCGCACUGGAUAGGGACGCAACAACCGCGAGCGCGGUCAGCGUGUGUCUGUCUGUUGCUAUUUCAGAGGAAGGAGAGAUGGAGGGUCGAGAGAAGGGAUUAAAAAACGAGUGGAGCUCUGAGGUGUGUUCAGAGGGGGGUGGUUCUCGUGGCAUGUCGACCACUAAUAAGGGAAACAAGGCCUUGAAGGUGAAGAGGGAGCCGGGGGAGAAUGGGACCACCCUGACAGAUGAUGAGCUGGUGACUAUGUCCGUCCGGGAGCUCAACCAGCACCUCCGCGGCCUCACCAAGGAUGAGAUCCUGCAGCUUAAACAGCGCCGGCGCACCCUGAAGAACCGUGGCUACGCCGCCAGCUGCCGGGUCAAACGGGUCACCCAGAAGGAGGAGCUGGAGAAGCAGAAGUCACAGCUUCAACAGGAAGUGGAUAAGUUGGCGUCGGAGAACGCCAGCAUGAGGGUGGAGCUCGAUCACCUGAGGUCGAAGUACGAGGCUCUACAGAGUUUUGCAAGGACUGUGGCGAGGAGCCCGGGAGUGGGGUUAGGGGUCGGGGGUCAGAGGGGAGGUGGUGGGGUUGGGUCGGUGAUCGGGCCACUCAUACCGGGGAAAGUGGCCGCGACGAGUGUCAUCACGAUAGUGAAGUCGAAAACGGACGCGCGGUCUUAGUAGCGGGCUGGGUCAAGCAGGGAUGAGAGGAAAAAGGGAGGGAAGGGAGAGGAGGAGAGGAAGCGAAUUAGGACUAUUUAAAAAUGAAACCAUUGGUCAGUGCAUCGUCAUUGAGCACAGGACAGAAUUUAAUCAGGUGAGGUGGCCCCCCUUUGAGAAAAUAUCACGCCCUGGAUAGUAAUUACUGUGUUUCUACUGUUAUUUUGUAACUGUUGUACACAAGGUCCAACGUUGUAAUUUGAUGUAAUGUAGUUAUGUUGUGUCAUGGAACACUGUGAACUUCAUCCGUGGCUGACUUUCGUUUUGGUAUCAUUCUAUUUGGCCGUGUUUUCUCAGAAAACAAUAAUUUUUUACCCAACGGGCUUCCGUACUCACAGGCACUUCCUUGUUUUGCAGAAACAGCUUGCAGAGCCAUCAAUUUAUUUAAUUUUUUAUCAUAAAAAUUACAGAGAAUUGUAUUUUGUAACCGCUCAUUGCACAAGAGAGACAAGAAACUUUCAGAAAAGUGAGGAUCUUCAGGAAGAGGUUGUUUUGGUUAUUUUACAUUUUUUUGGUACUGUUCACCCUUUUUUCUCCCCAAUUGGUAGUUACAGUCUUGUCCCAUCGCUGAAACUCCCGUACGGACUUGGGAGAGGCAAAGAUUGAGAGCCAUGCGUCCUCCGAAACAUGACCCUGCCAAGAACCAGAAGCCAACCGCACCAAUGUGUCGGAGGAAACACAGUACAACUGCCGACCGAAGUCAGCGUGCAUGCGCCCGGCCCACCACAAGGAGUUGCUAGAGCACGAUGGGCCAAUUGUGCGCCCUUGGUCUGUAAUGACGCCACUCGGGAGGCCUAAAGAGGUUGUGUUUCAUCACAGGUACCUGUGUGUUUACCUGUGCUUAAUGUUAUGCACUGACCAAUUAUCACCAUAUUACCAAUCUCCAUACAGGCCAGAGGGGUCUAGGCAUCUAAUCGCCAAGUGUUGUCCUGUUCCUGUCUGUCUGGGAGUUGUGUACUAUACUGUAGUAUUAGCUAUCGGGAUUACAUUGACUGACACGUGUUUAUGUGACUAGGUAAUUACUCCAUUCAAAAACUAACUGAAAGAUCAACAUUUUAGUCAAAAAUGUAUAGAAUUUAAAUAUAGUCAAUUUGAAUGCUUUUCUAAUUUAUUGUUAGAUUUUAUUUUGUUUCGUUUUUUGGGAAUGGCAAUAACAUACUAACGUUACUAUGACUAUGAGGUAUUUUGUUGACAUGGCCAAUUUUUCAACUGUCAAAAUAAUUAUAAAAAAAAUAUUUUUAUUUUCAGUUUUUAAAUAGUGGACUGUUCAAUCUGUUAGUUGGGUUUAAUUCUCACAAGUUUUACCAUAAAGUUAUCAGUGUGAGUGACGUUACGUAUUUUUCAAAGGAUUCUUUGUCUACAUAUGGUCACAUCUUGAAUUUUAUAAAUUACAUUGAGUAUCUUUACAUUAUUUAUAAAAGAUCUUUAAAAAAUAAUCAAGGUAAAAAGUGUUUGAUAUCUCCUCUUUUUUGCAAUUGUACCAAAAGUGGCUUAACUAUGGAAGUUGAUAGCUUUGUUUUUCUAGUGACUAGGCGCGUGUGGUUGUUAUGGUGACCGUGAGGCUGGCGCGUGGUGGUGUGACGUUGUAAUGUACAGUACGUGGCGAGGUAAUGAUAAUAUUAUUGUUCACUAUGUUGUUGUUAUGGAUACGUGAUGCUGUUUUAAUUUAAAGCGGGUGAUGUAAUCGAAGGUACCUAUGCUCAGCCCAUAUCCUUAUGUAGUGGUGGUGGUUGUAUUAAUUGACAAUGUUUAUUAAUACUUAAUACACGUGUUAUUAAUGUGUUAUAAACAUGCAUUACAUAAAUUACAAAGUUUCUCUGAAUAGGAACUGUUUAUUUAACAACUCAAUAAAACGUCUAAAUGUAUAAAAACCUGAAUAUUCCAGAUGAGUUCUCCAAACUGGGAGAAUAAAGAGAUUGGAGAUACAGCGUAUCCUAGGAUACCCAAACUACUGCAAGGGCGUAAAGACUGGUAUAUGGGCCUACGAUUACAUCACCCGUGCUCUUUGAAUAAGUUAUAUUUUUGUGACGUGAUUUAUAUAAUUAUUUUAUUUUCUCUGUAUAUAAUUUAUAUGUAUGGAAAUGUUUAAUGCAGACUGCAUUGCCGAUGUUUUCCUUUGUUUGUUUAUCCUAUUCUGUAAAUGCCAGGGAAGUAACACUGUUGUCUGCUUUCUGUUUAUAUAGCGGCCGGGUCAUAGAAAUCCUGUCAUUCAAGAAUUAUAGAAUGCAAGUUUCCCAUACCGAGAUGGCCCAUUUCCAUUCUACUGUUCAAUAUAAUUCUGUAGGCCGGGUAUGGUUUGGUCUGUCUAAAAGCAGGGUUUUCCCACAGACAUGAAGUUUGUUACAGCAUUUGUUUGCCUGUCCAGUUUUACCCACGUAGGUUAUUUUGUUAUUUGAGUAGUUAGUUGAAUUAUCCGCAACUUCUAGAGUACAAAUGAUCAAUUUCCACAUGGUUUUAUAAUCACCCUUCUAUUGCCGUUAACUAGAUAUCAAACCUAGACAAUAUUGAAUAUGUUUUGCUUCAUCUUCAUAAUAGGUUGGGGAAACCCUGCCAUAGGCUUUAAUGGAAAUUACUGCUAUGCAGUAGAUGGGAAUGUUCUGCUCUUUCUCUUUUCACACAGUAGCUAAAUGGGGAGGAAAGGGGGAGGAAGGGAGGAGGAAAGGGGGGUGUUAAAAGUACAAAAACUGUUAAAGCCACGGGAAUGGUUGCACUGAUAACCCAUCUGCGGGUUUGAUCAACCGAGAAAGUACAGAGUGCUGCAAAUUUCGACUGAAAAGGUUUGAUAAGAAAGAACCCUUUUCUUAUCUCUUUAACGUUGAAACUCACACACCUGGCAUUUAGAUGUAUGUACUGUAUGUAGUGAUAUACAUGUAAAAAUCUAUCUUGAUUCUCUUUUAAAUGGGCAAAAAAAAUAUAUUGUUUGACUGGUGAUCUGUGAAAUUGUUCUGAUGGAUUUUUUGGUCCUCCUAAUCUCCCCCCCCCCCCCCCCCCCCCCAUUUGCUUUUGUAACUUCUGAUGUUGUUCUACUUUUGACUGUGGUAAGUCUUGUGGCGUUUCAACAUUCUGUGAGCAAUGUGUUAAAUGUUUUUGGAGAAACAUUUUAAUAUACUCAAAUUAGAUAACGUAAAGCAAAAAGUGCCACCACCAAGUUAUAUUAGUUCAGUUUGUUUAGUCUUGAUUGUUUUGUUGAUUUGUUCCUCCUCUCGUUGUCGAGCACACAUGAAUGUUGUCGUGGUGACUGUUGUCAAGUGAACGUCUAUAUAUGCAAAAACUGGGUGGGGCUUGAGGAAGGAGGCGGAGCUAGAACUGCUAGAGCUUGAUGAGUAGUGAUGUCGUGGUUGGUCGUCUAAAAGUUGUUGUCAGCUUAAUAAACUGCAGGUACAGUGUGACUGAGGUCAAUAUCUUUUAUACAAAGUGCUUAUAUAUAUAACUCCCCCCCCCCCCCCAUCCCCAUAACACACCACAUGUUGGGUCAGCUGGUGAGCAUAUGACUAUAUGACUCAGGGGUGUUUCUGUCUAUGCCUCCCAAAUGACACCCUAAUCCCUUCAUAGGGCCCUGGUCAAAAGUAGUGCACUAUAAAGGGAAUUAAGUGUAAUUUGGGACACAGUCUGUGUGUGUCUCCAAAGUAUACAAUGAUCAGUGAAAAGCUAUGAAAACACGUAGUAGAGUUUGUGAAUAUGGGAAUUAUUAGUAACAAAUUACCUGGAAAUGUAAAAAAAAUCUGUGUUUUAUAAAAUGUUCUCUAUGGGGUGUAAUACAUUAUUAUAUCGAGUGUCACAGUACUUUGUAUGGGGAAACACCCUAAAGUGACAGUGAGUCCAUUUCAUUGUAAGUAUUUAUAAAUUCAUAACUAAAUUAUUGUACUUUUUUUGCUAUUUGUAGAUAAGUAAUGCUGAUGUAUUGGUAACCAUGGGAAUUAACUGUUUUGUCAUCGAUCCUUUAAUUUAUUGAUGUACAUACUGUAUUGUUUGUUGAUAAACAGUUGACAUUAUUUUGUAUAUGACCAAUAAACAGAAUUUGAAGAGGACAAA